GGAGCCGCGACUGAGCCUGGGGUCACCCAGCACUGUGGCCACGCAUGUGGCCUGGCUGAAUGACCUGGAGAAGGAUGCAAAGUACCAGCGGUACGGCACCAGUGUGGCAGAGCUGCUGCACACCUUCCCCGGCAGGUUCCGCCCCCUGGCUCGCAACCUGUUCACCUCCGUGGCGGUGGCGCAGCCGCUGUGCGCCCCCUCGCUGCAGCUGGCGGGGGCGGUGGCGCAGAUGUGGCAGGCGGGCUACCCGCUGAGGUUCGGUGUUGUGUUCCACCUUCCCUCCGUGGUAGCUCGUGUGCAGCAGCAGCGCCGCCACCCGCACCUGCAGCCGCAGCUGCCCGCAUGGCAGGACAUGGACGCCAGUGAGCAGUUCGGUCGCGCCUUCCUGACGCUGCGGACCGCCUUCGGACCUGCAGCGGCGUGGCGGCUGUGGUGGGAGGUGGCGGAGGAGGUCGGCUCCGGCUCCUCCCCCGAGCCGCGUGCCGCGGUGGAGGCCGCCUUCUCGGCCGCCUGGGCCGCCGCCGCGCGCAGCCCCCCGCCGGGAGCCCGGGCGCGGGUGGCGGCGCGGAAGAGCGGGGCGGAGGCGCUGCAGAUGCUGCAGGAGGGGGCGGGGUAUGCGGCGGAGGCCGGCAUGCAGCUCUCCGACACCGCCGCCUGGCUGCUCAACAAGGGGCUGGUGGCGGGGCAGCCGCCUGGCCCCCCUGCACCCCCUGCCCCCCCUGCAGAGGGAGAGGGAGAGGAGGCGGCGGCGGCUGCGUGUCGCGGGGAGGGCGGGCCGCUGCUGUGGCUGAACGGGGUGACGUGGCGCGGGGCGGCGAGUGGGGAGGCGGCGGCGCAGGAGCUGCUCAUGCGUGCCAUGUCCGACAUGCAGCGCAUGCAGGAGUGGGUCUACUUCGGCCGCCUCAACGACGACAGCGGCGGCGGCGACAUGCUGGCGGCGGUGAUGGAGCUGGCGGGGGGCGGCGUGGAGCGACUCAACCCGCGCAUUGGGGGGCAGGCGGCGGCGAGGAGGGCACAGAUCCUGCCGCUGGCGCCGCUGCUAUCGCACCCGGGCCGGGCCUCCCUGCCGGCCCUGUGGAAGGACGCCUCCACUGCCGCCGCCUCCAAAUCCAAAUCCGGAUCCAGCGCCGCCCCCCCCGGCGGCCCCAAGCGGGUGGCUGCCGUGAGCCACUACGUGGUGGCGGACCUGCGCGGCGAGGAGGGGCGGGAGCUGGUGGCGCAGGCCCUCCGCUUCCUGGCCGACCUGGCCCCCGCCCCCGCCUCCAGCCCCGCCCCCGCCAAGGACGCCAGGCUGGUGCUGCUGCUGAACCCCGCCUCACCCACCACCGCCACCGCCAGCAGCAACAGUACGGCAGCAGCAGGAGGAGGGGCAGCGGUACGACAGCAGCCCCCCUCGCUGUUGGAGGCACUGGUGCUGGCUGCUGGCUGGCAGGUGACCCAUGGGUCGGAGGAACAGCUCACCAGCACCACACGUGGCAAGGUUGUUUCCUUCCUGUCGCGGCUCUUCCGCGACACCGCCCUCUCCGCCCGCCUGGCCUCGGAGGAGGUGGCGGCGGGCGGGGGGCCGGGGCAGCAGGAGGAGCUGCUGACGGUGGUGGGGUCGUACGCGGAGGAGGCAGGGCUGGACAGCGCUGCCCUGCUCGCCUCCCUAUCACCCGCCGCCGACAACACCUCCACCACCUCGGCAGCAGCAGCAGCCGCUGACGUGGCCUCCCUACUUGCCGUACACUCGGAGAUCUGCCGUACCGCCCUCCAGCUGGUGCCGGGCAGCGCCGCGGUGAUUACUAAUGGCCGAGUGACGCCGGUGCUAACGAGGCCGGGAGCGCAGCCCUCCGAGCUGGUCGCCGAGGACUUCCCGCUG